UCAUUCGUUGUCAUGCCACUGAGCUCGAUGCCAUGAGCACUGUAGGUGCAAGUUCAUCAGACUUUCGUCCAUUGCAUGAGAUGAAUGUGCCCAGUCAGUAUCUUCCUACUCAAAACAUGACCACACAUGGGGACUUUUCAUUCUGGACACAACCUCCUCAAUCUCAUGCCGUUGAUUCUAACAUUCAGCCAUGGAAUUUGAGUUAUCCCAGCGGCGGCGGAGACCUUGCACCUGAAGCUUUGACUAACAUGCCACCCCCAGUAAAUGUAGAAGGGGGAGAACCCAAUGCAGAGGUUCCACAAGAUGCGAGGACAGAUGAUGCACUCGUGGAUAGUCAACCAGGUGCUUGUGGGCUGGUUGACGAGAAUAUGCCAACUCUGAAAAGAAAGCUGGAAGAACUAAGCAAUCAAGAAGCAGACAUGGAUGGGUUGGAGACAUGGUGUAGGAAAGCACAAAGGAUAAGAGGAGAAUACUGGAGCAUGGUCCAAGCAUUCCGAGAAGGCAGAUCUCUUUCUCCACAGCAGGUAGAAAGAGUAAAUGAUUUGAGCAAAGAAGUUGAAGAUAUUCUAGGCCACUGUAGCUUCCGAAAAGGGUGGACAACACAUGCUGCUGGACGUAGGAAAAGUUUGCCCUUGGUAACAACAGAGCUAGUAGACAAGGAAAGUAAGAAGACAAUCGAAAAGAUAUGCGGCUAUUUAAUGGAGGAUGAGAUUUUCAUCAUUGGCAUUUGUGGAAUGGGGGAGUUGGCAAGACAGCCAUUUUAAUGCAUGUCCAUAAUAGAGUACUUGAGAAUCCUGCCUUCAAUGAUGUGUUUUGGGUCACUGUACCUCAGGAGUUUAACGUCUAUGAACUACAAAAUGAGAUUGCCAAUGCAGUCGGACUAGACAAUCUCUCAAAGGAUAAGGAUGUGAAGAGGAGGGCAUGCAUAUUGAAUAGGCAUUUGAAGAGCAAGAGAGCUGUCUUAUGUUUAGAUGGUCUGUGGAUGCACUUUGACAUUGAGGAUGUGGGAAUUCCAGUUGAGAAAGGAAGCAUUAAGUUGGUAAUGACAACUCGAUCGCUAGAUGUAUGUGAUAAGAUGGUCUGCCAAAAACAAGUCAAAAUAAGUCCUCUAGAUUUGCAAGAUGAUUGUUGGGUCUUAUUUUUAAAAAAGCUUUGCUUUGGGAGAGAACUCCCUUCAGAAGUUAAAAAAAUUGCAAGCUCCAUUUUGGAUAAGUGUGGAGGUUUGCCACUUGGGAUCAUUGAGAUUGCAACUCAGAUGAGGGGACUAAAGGGAGUGCAUGAAUGGAAAGACUUGUUGCAGCAAUUAGAAAAUUCGAUGAUGGAACUUGGUGUGUUCAAGAAACUGAAACUCAGUUACAUGAACUUGGGUAAUCUUCAAGUGCAGCAGUGUUUCUUGCAUUUAAUACUUUGUUUUGGAGAGUACUCUAAAGCUGAAAUCAUCGAAAAGGAUUUGAUAGAAUCUUUCAUAGAUGAGGGCUUGUUAAGUGGAAUAGCUACCCGGCAAGAAUUGCACGAUAAGGUAACGCCAUAUUGGACAAAAUAAAAAAGGCUUGCCUGGGGGUUGAUAUAUGCGAAAGGUGUCUGUUAGUACACCCCUUGAUAAGGGACAUGGGAUUGCAAAUAGUGAUGAGCACAACUCACAUGGUCAAGGCCAACAUGGGAUUGAAAGAAAUUCCAAAGGAAGAGUUCUGGACGGAUCAUCUAGAGAAAGUCCUUUUACAGAGCAACUAUAUAAAAGAAAUCCCAUACGGCAUCUCACCAAAUUGCCCUGAACUUACAAGGCUGUCGUUGAAUAACAAUGUCUCUUUGGAAGCCAUCCACAAAUCUUUCUUCAAGCAUAUGAAGGGGUUGAAGGUUCUAGAUCUCAGCAAAACGAAAAUCACGGAAUUACCGGACACUAUCUCUCACUUGGAGAGCUUAGAAGCACUGUUACUCCAAGAGUGUGAGGAAUUACAUCGUAUACCUUGUGUACAAAAGUUGGGAUCCCUAAAAAAGUUGGACCUUAGUGGGUGUGCAAUGCUUGGAGAAGUGCCGGAGGGGAUGGAGAUGUUGGUAAAGCUGACGUACCUUGACCUGCUUGGCACAAAGAUCAAGGCGUUACCGGAAGGAGUGUUGGGGAAGCUGGUGAACUUGCAAUAUCUGGUGAUUAAUUACAUGA